UACAGCGAAGUUAUGUCGAUUAUGCAAUCGCUGAGUGAUUCGAGUCUGGUGCCCGUCUUGAGAUCUCACCAAUCAAGUCGAAACUAGACCGGUCAAGCAAGCGCGAACGAACACGGACAAUCUGUCGCGGCACGUGGAGCAAAUUGUUUGUUCGUUCGUUUGUUUGUUUGUUUGUUUGGUCUUGGAUCUUCUUGGUACCGGAAUCAAGGAAUUAGGAAAUCGAUAAAUUAUUCUCACGCUGAAUGCGCCGAACGUGUGCGCGCCAAUGAUAACUGGACUUAAUUGGACUUAGUCAUAUCGCCGUAUAAUUAUGUGCGCAUUUAUUCAUGGCCGGGCCCGUAUGAAUCAUCAAGUUGCAUGGAUGCGCGGCUAUAGCUCGUACAAUUGCGUGUCCAUGCAAAUAAAUGCUCAUUUGGCGAUGGGUGACCCAAAUUGGAUAUCUGAUUUCACAAGCAACAUCAACGCGAUGACUCAAAAUCUUCAACAACAAAUACAUCAAUAUACUCAAGAUUUGCAGCAGCAAAUCCAGCAGUCAGUUCAACCGGCGCUCGAGCAAGCUUACAAAACCAUCGAAAACUUACCGAAAGAUUCACACGGACAUAUAAUAACAAAUAAUAACGGCAAUGUCAUAAGCAUCAGCUCUGUAAAUGGUCAUUCAAAAACGGUCUUGUCCGGUUGGACCAAUGGAGAACCGUACGUCCGCAUUAUCGAGGAACGAAGGGAUGGAAACUAUCUUUAUCACAACGAGACCUCGUAUAAUCCACAAACUAAUGCCACCGAGAGUAUUCGCUGGAGACUGGACCUUGCUACUCCAGGUGCCAAGCCCGAAAUUAUCACGGAAUAGUAAAAGAACUGUACAUUCUUAUUUUUACUUAUAUUGUAGUAUACCGUUUGCUUAAAUUUUGUAUAAAACAAUUCAAAGUUAAAUGUAUAAAAACAAAAAAAAGGAGAUAAAGCUGUAAUCUUGAAGUCUUCAAUAAAAUCAAGAAUAAAAUAAAUUAUGAAUUACAAUAAAGGCAGAA